CUAUAGGUCGAUUAAAAGCUGCUCACAAAUACGUUCAAGGCUAGUAGGGCCGCAAACACUUCCCACUCACAGACAGAAUGGCCGGCCUACUUCCGUCGCGCACAUUCGCUCAGACCCACAGUAGCCGCACCGUAAACAACGAUCUUGCGUUCCCCACUUCGAGUGCAAUUCUUGCCUUGCCGACGCGCCGUGUUGUAGGUUCCCUUCUGAUCGCACCCAGGCCGGGCGUGCGGCAAGGCCAGCAGUAUAGCGCCAGCCCAAUAGUCCGUAGCAUCCCCGUCUCUGGGCCAGGAUCAGCAGAUGCGGCCAGUUCCUCGGGCGGCCUUCCUGGCCAGGUGACUUCGGAGCUAAUGGAGAGCAUGCGCAUCAAAAUUUGCGAGGCGCUGGAGACUGAGACCUGCACGGUGACGGACAUGUACGGGGACGGACGCCAUGUUAGCAUUGACGUCGUGUCUAAGCUUUUCCAAGACAAGAGCAGCAUGCAACGGCAGCGGAUGGUCUUUAAGGCCAUUUGGAUGGAGCUGCAAGAAGCUGUCCAUGCGGUAGACAGCAUGAACACCAGGACACCUGAGGAGGCCGCGAACUAGGUGGAGCCGCCAGCCGGCCAAAAGCACGUGGGAUGGAUUGGAUGAAUGGGCGGAAUUGUUGGACUGAAUUCCUUUCGUGCCAUGAGGACCUGGCGCAUAUGUACUUGCCCCAAUACCGCAUACGUAGCCUGCAUUGUAUAGCUUUCGUUCAGAGGGCGAAGCCAUUUUGGGCCGACGCUGUCGGAUGCCGGAUUGCCUAAUGUGUGGAAUGUAUGAUGCUUCCAGCCUUUAGGCCUCUAGCAGAAAUGGUUGAAGCAAUUUGGGGUUAUUGUUCUAGGAUACCGCUGAGGAGUACGCUCGCACUGAGAGGAGGUUGAGCGCCAUCCUUAGGCGAGGCGCGAGGCAACGGCCGAAAAGCUGCGAGAAUUCAGACACGUUUGUCCUAAAUACAUUAGUCAUAUUUGCUCAAUAGCUCAGGGGUCCCGGACUCGCGGUCGUCGGCUCGUCCAGACGGCUCGUCUCGUACCAUUGUAACCAUGCAAGCAAAGACGUCCAGUAACCCAGAGCUACUUCCCGCGACCUAACCGUGUGGCCUGUAUACUAAAUUGAGUUACCAUCGUAACUUACGACGCAGAGGCUGCUUCAUUGCAAAGUAGACGGCCGUCUAGGCCACAAAGAGAUCACCGAGCUAAAUGAGUGCCAAACCAGCCUGCUAGCCUCAUGAUAACAUAAGCGUCUUUGCUGCACCAGAUGGCAGAGAGUAACCCAUUUACUGCGCUGAACAACCCUCAGCUUAUCAUUCCCGGCCUUCUAAUUAGCAGCUUUCAGUUUGAGACUAUUGAGCUUGAGCUUAGGGAGCAAGGGGUUACACACAUAUUGCAAGUUGGGAUUGAAUUGCAUCCAAGCCACUCAGGCAAGUUCGAGUACCUUCAGGUUCCUAUUCAGGAUGUGGAGGGGGUGGACCUGGUGGCACAGCUGCCGCGCAUGCUGCGGUUCAUUGACGAAGCGAUAGCGAAAGGCGGGGUGGUGCUAGUGCACUGCAUGAUGGGAAUCUCCCGCAGUGCCUCAACCUGCAUCGCCUACCUCAUGUGGAAGGAAAGGCUCAGCUUCGUGCAAGCUGCAGGAAGGGUAUACGCGGCGCGCCCCUUCAUCUCCCCCAACCCGGGCUUCGUCCUGCAACUGCGAUUAUGGGAGCGCAGCGGCAUGGACUUUGACUCCUGGAAGCCCUGGUCCCGACAAACGUUUCUCGAAUUAAUGGAGGAGUGGGGCGGGCUGCAGGCCUGCCUCUUCACCAGCGUCAUGAAGGAGGGCGGAGUCAGCCUAGCCAACAUUUCCGCCUCCCCGCGAGGCAGCUGUGGUUUCGGGGCGGUCGUGCCCUCACCGCCGCCGCCCAAGCGGAGACCCAUGCCGGUCAAAUGGACGCACCGCCUCUGCUGCAUCAGCUAGCAGGGCAGGGAGGUCUGGGUAUCGCCCGUUUUCCCUUGCGUUACUCCGAGCUGCUUGGGCUUGGUGUAUGAGGCAUGUAUCCAGCUAGCGACGAGGCAGCGGCCCCUCCCCUUUUUCCCCUCGCCUGUGUAUGUCUGCUUCUUACUGCACGCGAUGCAAUUUGAUGAAGUAGGUUGAGCUCCCUGAAUGACAUCUAUGUGCCACUCGUAGCAGUGUAACUGUAGCCAGCGCCGAGAGUAGCAAGAUGGGAGCAGGCAGUGUAUGUAGUUCCGGCAGUAGCAUGCGAGCCCGUUAGCGGGCCGUGGUGAAAGCUGCUGGAGGGAAGCACCUCUGUAUGUGAGGCUUCGUACGGUGCGUUCAGGUGGCUGAAUUUAAAUUUCUGCAGCUGUGCGUGAUAUGUACGCGGCACGUCUGGACGCGGCUGAGUGCGUGGCAGCAUGCAUCAUAUGAUGACGCGCGGUUUGGGAGCUUCGGCCAUCAGUUAUUAGAAGCACAGAUACGACUUUGGACUGGAUUGGCGCCUUAGUGACCCCCUUUUAGCAUUGUUUCCCGGCCUGUGCUGGUUACUAUUAGAACGUGGUUCGGCAGCAGGCCUACCACAUGACUGGCUAGCGUAUCUUGCCACCCAAAGCUGGAGCAACAACGGUAAUCGAUCUUGUGGAUAAGACGAAUUUUCGCCUCGCCCCUGGGUCAGAUAUGGUCGUCCAAAAGGAGCGUUAGUCCUGACAGGCAGCGGUUACACUGGAUCAGUCCAGGGGAGUUUUACAGUGGUCUGUUCGGUAGGUAGUCCUGUCCAAGAGUGUCAUGCCAGGGCAGGACUUCAGCCCUUGGCGGUGUUGUCUUCGUUACCUAUCUAGGCAACCCAGGUCAAGCCUCUCAGGCUAUGGCUCCAGCGCAAGGGCUACUG